AUGGCCGAUCAAUGGCGACAGACAGAGCCCGGUGUGUUCCAGCGAAAGGCAUGUCCCAUGGAGCGCUGGAUGAUCAAGCUCUCGAACAUGGGGUCGGGAUCCCAAAAGCAGCAUAUGUCCCUUACUGUAGCUAUUCAGUUGCAAAUGGAAAUUGCACCGCUUGAAUUUGCUGCUGAGCUACACCGAGCAUGGCUGACUAUCCGCCGCGAUCAUGGCACCCUGGCGAGCAUUCUCGAUCACCAAACCGAAAUGUGGACAUACAACGCCCCAAACGAAGCUGAGAUCACAGAGUGGCUCGGUGAAACCUUCAUGGCUAUCACAGAUCCAAUUCCUGGGCCUGGAAUACUCCAAAUAUUCCCUCCGCCAAAGCGGCCCACUCUUUACUUUCUGCUCGAUUCCAAUGAGAUAGUCCUGAGAGCUCCCCCUACUCACAUCGACCACAAGGGCAUCCUGCUUCUCGCAGGCACUAUUCUACGCCAUGCGACCAACCCAGACAAGGUCUGGCCAGUCUUCAAGUGGAUCAAUCUUUCCCCGCCUUACCACACAACUGUCUGUCUCCCUGCUCACACUUACUACGACAUAGCAAAGGCGGAAAGAGAAAUGACCCGGUAUCUCGCCGAUCUCCCUUCCAUGAGGCUUCCUACACUUGGUCUUGAACGGGCUCGGAGUGAUAAUUCACCCGGCGAAACUCGGGAAAUAACCAUGCACCUAUCCGAAUUUCAAACCAAGCACAUUCUCGAACUGAUAGCCGAAGAAGGAUUUCACUACCAUCACGCAGUUCACGCCGGUAUCGCUUGCGCGACAAAGAAGUUCCAUGUCAACGACAAUUCAGACAUCUACACGGGUAUUUCCUACGUAGAUGGACGAGGUCACUUCGAUCUGGAUUACCAUCCAGCUGCUGUCUACAGCACGGCGUGGUUCCCGUCAAUCAAGGUCACGGACUUUUGGACUGUUAUGCGUCAGUUCAAACAUGGCUACCAGGAGAUUGCGCAGGAUCCCAUCCUUCCGAAUGUCGUGGAUGAAAUGAUCAAUUUAGCUAUACCCCAGAUGAGACACGUUGACUUUUGUCCCACGGAAGCUUUACUCACCAAUCUGGGUAUUCUGGAUAGAUUUAUCCCUGAUACUGGCUGCGACGUGCGAGUUGCUAAUUUUGAGCUCCGGUGUGAGAUUCUUACGCCUGCCAUUAGCGUUUUCGUUUUCUUUCAGCGGAAUGAGCUAACGCUGAAGGCUUUCUUCAACGACAAGUAUCACGACCCGGAAAUGGCAUUCGACUUCUUGAAUAGGGUUAUGAUGGAGAUGCACAGGGGUUUUGAUGUUCCAUGGUCGAUGGACGAAUGA